GGGGCGAGGCCUGGCCGGCCGGACUGGAGGCGGUGGGUCAGCUUCAGCGGGAGAGCGGUGAGGGGCAGUCGCGGGCUGCCAGACCAUGCUGAGUGUAGCGGGCCGCAGGCUCCCCCUCCCCUCAGCGCUGCGGAGCACAGGCGCGCCGCACCCCACGGUCGCCCAUAGGUGCCUGCGUGUAUCGGGGUCGCGGCUGUGCGCUGACGGGAACGAGAGGAACGGGGGACCGCCCCGCGCCUUCGACCCGGCGCUGCUGGAGUUCUUGGUGUGCCCCCUCUCCAAGAAGCCACUCAGAUAUGAAGCAUCGACAAAUGAAUUGAUUAAUGAAGAGUUGGGAAUAGCCUAUCCAAUUGUUGAUGGGAUUCCUAAUAUGAUACCACAGGCAGCUAGGAUGACACAUCAAAAUAAGAAGCAAGAAGAUAUGGAGCAGCACUAGAUCAUAAUUACAAACAACAGAUACAACUAAAUUUUCUUACUACUGUCUACCUUUUAAAAAGUCAAAGUGGCAGCACAAAGGAAAUGGAGGGGAGCAAAACUCUACUGGAGUAAGGAAAUGACAUCAGAUGGUUAACUCGAAUUCACAGGAACAAAUGAACAGAACCAGAAAAG